AUGACAUCAAUUCAGUGUGAAGAGAUGGAGAUGGUCAUGGAGCAGGAGCCGGUGGCUGUGAUGGGGCCUGAACCCAAACUCGAGUCAUGGGAGUACAUCCUGCGGAAGUACAUCCUGAUGCUGGCCACGGUGACACACGGCGUGGGGUUCAACCCGCCGGGGGGUGUCUGGCAAGAAAACCAUGGCCACGCCGGCCACUUCGCUGGCCAACCAAUCGCCAGGACCAACAACUUUCACGGUUACCUGGUGUUCUAUUAUUGCAACGCCUUCGCGUUGGCUUCAUCGGUCUUGGUCAUCGUCCUCUUCCUGCUCCUCUCCAUCAAUCUGGUCGAGAAGCAGGAGAAGUGGUUCAAAGUCAAGCCGCUGCGUGUGCUCACGGUGCUUGACCUGCUCAGCUUCAUGGGUGCCUACGCUGCGGGGAGCUGCCGCGAUAAGUUCACAACCGUCUACACCUUGGUGCUAAUGGCCACUGGGAUCCUCACCUACUUCAUAGUCCAGGCGGUGGUGGCGCGGCGUGCAAAGUUUCCUCCUCUUCCAGCAGACCCAGACAAGAACAAGGUCCAACUCGAAGAGCGGCUCCGCAAGGUGCUGAUGCUGCUCACAACGUUCGUGUUAAGCAUCACGUACGAGUCUGGGCUGAACUCACCGGGCGGUUUCUGGGACAACACCGGGGGCGGGCACCGCGCGGGAGACUCGAUUCUCAGCGAUGGUCACCACAAGGCACGCCUGGUCACCUUCUUCAUCUGCAACUCCACAGCGUUCAUGGCAUCACUGCUAAUCAUCAUGCUGCUCCUGAGCAGAAAGCUUCACCAGCAGACGGCACGGUCUCGCGAGAUGUAUGGGUGCAUCCUAGUCGCGCUGGCCGGCCUUGUCGGGGCAUACGCUGCAGGCAGCUGCAGGGAGGAUGGCGCUACUGCCUAUGUGCUCAUUGUGGUUGCUGCCAGUCUAGCAUGCAUUCUAGUCAAAUCUUGGUUGUGGCCUCAAGAUAAUUACAGGCAGCGGGUUUCAACAGAGAUUGAGAUUUCAGGUGUGGAGCUUCAGCAGAGUCACAAGUCUCUCUCGCUUCUUCUACUAAUGUCCACCUUUGCGACGGCUAUCACUUACCAAGCAGGGCUUGAUCCGCCCGGUGGCGUUUGGCAGGAAAACGGUAACGGUCGCCUCGCCGGCGACCCGAUCCUCUUGUCGAUGAAUGCUAGCCGGUACAGGACCUUCUUGUACUGCAAUUCAUUUGCGUUCAUGCUCUCCUUGGUCACCAUCAUCAUGUUCCUGUCCAAGUUUGUCAGGGGCCUAGGGGCACACAAGGUGGAGGCAGUUAUGAUGCUGGAAUUGUUCGGCCUCAUCGGCGCAUACACUGCUGGGGUCAGCAAGAAUGUAAUCACGUCCAUCUAUGUCCUGGCUUUGGGCGGCGCCGUCAUAUUCUACGUUGUGAUCCAUGUUAUCUUCUUCACACUCGAAAAAGAGGCCAUCAAUUUUUAUGUGGAGCAAGAGGAGGUGGAGAAGAAGCGCAAGCUGCUUUACCUCUUGGCAACCUUGUCGACAGCUAUGAGUUACCAUGCCGGGUUGAACCCUCCAGGUGGCUACCGUGUCCAGGAUGACGAUGAGUCUGGGUAUCAGGCAGGCAGCCCGGUCGUCCUGCCCAACUUCCCGCGGCGCUACAGUGCCUUCUUGUUCUGCAGCUCAUUAAGCUUCAUGCUUUCGGUCAGCACCAUGAUUCUCCUGGUGAGCCCGGUGCUGUACAGGCCAGCCAUACGAAGCUACGCACUAACCCUUUGCACGGCUGUGGGGUCGUCUGUUCUGAUGGGUGCCUAUGUCGUUGGGAGCACACAAUAUGUGAAAACAUACGUUAUGAUUGUAGCUGGGCUGCUGGUAACAUUCUUGGUCAGGGAUACUAAGCAGAGAUUGAGCAGGCUGAUGAGGGUAGAAGCACACGAAGAGGACCCCAUCAUGAUAAAUGCCCAGGAAGGGGAGCUCGUAUUUAAACGAGCAAAGAAAAAGCAACACGCCGAGCACAAACACCUGAUGUUGCUAGGAAUCCUGGUGGUACCAGGCCGGCCUAGAUCCGCCAGGCGGAGUUUGGCAGAGCGACGAAGGCGGGCACGACCCAGGUGGGCCGGCCAUGAAGGACAAUAG